AACAAAAUCACCAAACAGUAUCGUUUUGGAAAGCGAAGUCGACGUAUUUUUUGCCUCUAUUGCAUUCCCAGUCUAGAUUGUCGAUCUAUGGAAAACUCAUAUCUAAAUGUGGCUCACGUUUACGGUCGGAAAGCAGAACACUAUGCCAAACAUCGUCGCUAUGAUGAAGCAAUCGAGAGCCAUCGUCGGGCUGUAUCAAAUAUGGACGAAGCGUUGAAGAUAUCACCUCCGUCAGCAGUUAUCCUUGAAUCACUGCAGCUGCAGCGCAAGUAUCACCUGAAGCAGGCCGAAUUUCUUCGCCACAAGAAGCAACAACACGAGCGCUACAUGAAGGCCGUCGAGUAUCAGCGACGGAGAAAUCCGGAGUAUCUAGCCCAGCAGAUGGAGAAGUUAGAGAAGGCCAGCGAGCUCCAGGUUGCAAUCUAUCGCAACAUGGACGAAACAGAUUCAUUGCUGGAGACACUGGCUAAACCUCGAAGUGGCGGUGGCCCGGAAAUUGCUGCGGGAAGUGAGAAAAAGACACUCGCCGUUGAAGAGCUUAUUUCUUUGAACCACUCACUGCACCUACUGAUUCACCGGAUGGUUCAAAACUUGGACGAGGCCAGUACGGAAAAUGAAGCUCUAAAGGAAAGGAUUAGUAUGUACGAAAAGGAAAGUCAUCCUGCUUCGAUGGGCGCUGGAAAGCGAGCUAUCGAUAGGGGCCGAGAUCCGUUGCUGGAAACCGGACGAGAUGCGCUGGAGGCGAUGGAUUAUCACUCGGAAGAGCUACCAGCGCUCGAGUUGCCCACGUUCGAUCUGUCGGGGUUUGAAAAUCAUUAAUAUGUAUUACUAAGCUCAUCAACUCUGAUGAAAUAUUUCAUACACUAAGUGAAAUGUGUGCUUGAGCGUGGUGAACGAUGACGCUUCGUUAUUGAGUGGGGUAAUGAUUUUUUUCCUCAGAGUUGGUAUAACCAUUUCCAAUUUCUUUAGGUAGUGCCACGAUUCCGGUACAAUAGACAGAUUUUUAAAAUAUUUUAUGCAAUAGUUUAGUUUUAUUUGAAUGUAGUUAUAUAUUAGUAUUAUAUCAGAGCAAUCGAUUUUAUGUGACCCGCGAAAUAAAUUCCACAUAUACAA